AUGAGUGAAAUCGUCAGUUUUUAUGUACAUGAUUUAAGUAGAGGUUUGGCAACAAAUUUUCUCAAACAAAAUGGUGUAGAUCUUCAGGGACUAUAUCAUACCAGCAUAGCUGUCUUCAAUAAAGAAUAUUUCUUUGGUCAAGGAGUCAAGAGUGCUGAAGCUGGAAAAACUGAAUAUGGAUCAGAAAAUUUAAGUGAGAAAAUAGUUUUGGGAAGAACCAAAAAAACAGAGGAGGAGUUCACACAGUUUUUAAAUGGAUUAUCUGCUUCAAAGUAUCCUGUCGGUAGUCAUGACGCCUUUGAAAACAACUGCAAUCACUUUUGUAAUGAUUUAACUCAAUAUCUUUUGAAUGGAAAGAAGAUCCCAGAUCGUAUUGGAAAGUAUACUGAUAAGAUAAAGGGAUCUCCUUUCGAACCUGUAUUCAGGUCAAUGUUUAAACAAUAUGUUUUAUAA